ACUUAAGCUGACCGAGAAUAAGAAUUCGUUAGCAAGACAAAGAAGCAUGACGCGCAUGGGCUUCCUCCUAUGGGUGACAGCAGUCUUCGCUGCAUCGGAAAAUCCUGAUGAAAACUUGGGAAUGGAUGAUAAAGAUUUAUUCGAGGGAGAUAUGAUUCUCCCUACCGAUCUCCUCUAUAAAGCCGAGCAUGGAAUGGAUGUUGAUAGCUCCCGCAAAAGAGGCGCGAUCAAAAGCAGACUAUGGCCGUUAGGAGAGGUUCCUUAUGUCAUCUUAAAUAUGCUUGGUGGAACUACGAACACCGAAAGGGCCUUUACGGCUAUUAAUCAAGGAAUGGAAGAAUGGACAACAAAGACAUGCAUCCGUUUUAAGAGGCGAACAAAUGAAAGAGCCUACGUAGAAUUUACUUUACGCAAUGGAGGGUGUUAUUCAAGUGUGGGUAGAACUGGAAGACCUCAAGUUAUCAACCUUGCCCCCGGAUGCUGGACUCUAGGAAUCGUUGCCCAUGAAAUCGGUCAUGCCAUAGGAUUCUUUCAUGAACAGUCUCGCCCCGAUAGAGAUCAGUUUGUCACAGUGCUGUUGCAAAAUGUACAACCAGGGAAAGAGAAUAAUUUUAGGAAGUACCCAAGGUCAACCAUUGAUUCUCUCGGCACCCCUUACGAUUAUCAAAGCCUAAUGCACUAUGGAAGUAGAUUUUUCAGUAGAAACGGACGUCUAACGAUAAAAACGAAAAACCCGAGGUAUCAAGGAGCUAUUGGCCAAAGGAAUGGUCUAAGUACAAUUGAUGCACAGCAAGCGAACCGUUUGUACCAAAGUGAAUGUAGUAAAAGAGGCGGAGGAGUUUGUCGAGACAGAUGGAGCUUUUGCCAGCGGUGGCCAGUAAGCUUCUGCAGCCGGUAUUCUGUGGUUAGGGAAAACUGCAAGAAACUAUGCAACCAAUGCAGUUAGCUGAGAAUAAGAUAACCGCAAUGAUGCAUUUAGUCUUCAACCCUUGUGUGUCAAACGAACUUAGUAAAAGUCCUGUACAUGUACCUGAACAUACUUUUGUCAUUGUUGCUUGUAAUUUUCGUUUUUCUAAAGAGGCUCAGAACGGUUUCCUAAUUCAUUUUCAAUCUAUUGUUUUUUGGAUCAAAGCGACCACUCUUGUGGUAGUGUCUUGCCUCAGCAAUGGUAUCAUACAAUUAAAAAACA